AUGGCAGUGGAUCUCCAGGCUCCGGCCGACCCAACGCCGAAGGCGACAAAGACUUUUCCUAUGUGCGGUGUGUCGUACGUCGGUCGGAUCGAACACGAAUACAUGCACAGCAAGAAGCUGUCUGUCUGUGCAAAAUGUCUGGCCCUGGGAUUUCAGAAGACUCUGAAAAAAUGCAAUGGGUGUUUGCUUAUCGACUACUGUUCUAAGGAAUGCCAAAAGGCACACUGGCGGAAGCACAAGCCGUUCUGUAACAUGGUCCAGGGCAAAGGCGAGCAGAGCGCUUAUCUCUCGUCGUACGACCAUGAUGAAGUCUAUCGUGUAAUCGUUGAUGCAUACCGGUUGAGGGUUGAGACAGAUCAUCUAUCUCGCGAGGAAGACCACGGCAUUUACUAUUCAGGGAAGCCUCUUGAUGGGUUGGUGUGGGCACAAGGGGAUGCGAUUGACGAUUUCCAACGUUUCCUCGACCUGUUGGAAGGCUCAAAGAUCCUGCCUAAAUGGUGGACGUUCGAAGACAGAAUGCAAACCCUUGCCCUGGCGAUUGACAAGAACGACCCGGAGUCCAUCUUUAAGCCAAUCAAUCAGACUGAACUACCCCAGCGGUACGGAGGGGACAUGGCGAUUCGACAGGCACUGGCUAUUCUUGCAGAGAUGUGCGUUGGCUACGACGGCAAAGGGCCUGCUAAGGACGAUACCUGGUACCACGAGUUCCAGGAAUUCCUCGAUCUGCAUCCUGAAGAACGAGCAAGGUUAAUCAAAGGUAGCAUCGAGAUGGUGGAUGCCGUCUUGAAGGAGCAUGGAGAGGAGUUCGGGCAAAAGCCAAGCUGA